AAGAAAUGGAUUGAUGCUUUUAAGGUUGUCACUGUACACAAAGCUUGCAAAAUCAAAAGAUGCAUUCAAUUACUGUAAGCCCUUUUUACAGUACCAGAAAGGAACAGGGCACGGAUGCUUUCGUGAAGAAAGUGAUUUUUAAGUCUUAAAAAAAUGUGGGUCUUUAUGCUGACACAAGCGUAGCUACUGGUUUAUUCCUUGUUCAACUUGUCUUCUCUCUGUCUCUCUCUCUCAACUCAUCUUUUGUCCUCCAUUCAAAGUCGUCUUCUGGCUGCUCUGAUCUGCAGUGUUUUCCAGCUGGUGGAUGGAUAUAUGAAAGACGUAGACGUAUCCUUUGAUCAUUCAUCCAAGAACACAGUUCUGAGCCCGCAGGAUUCGGCAUUUGAUCAAAGGUCAGUUCUUUCUGCUCUUUAAUUUCCUGGUGAUCAGCUGUAGUGUUUUGUUUCUUGGUGUUCUGUGAUUUGGUUUUUUGUCUGGCAAUUUCCAAGAGUCCAUGGGGGACAAUCAGUAGGAAAUGUCGUUUUCCCUAUGCCAGCACCAACUGCCGACAAAAAUGGUAAAGGCAGUGAAGGUUCCCAAGGUUGUCUUCAUACUCUUUGUUGAUAUGUCUGUUUGAACGACCAAACUACCGACACUGGGUUGCUGCAACUGCCCAUUUUUACCCAGAGUUUAAAAGAGAGAGAGAGAGAGGUGUUCUUGUUUGCAGAAUUGCAGUUCACCAUUGUAUAGUAGAGAGAGAGAGAGAGAGGGAUGGCAGUUUUCUUUGCUGUCUGAUUGUGCAUGAAUUCUCAGUUGUUUGCUGCUUUUCAUGUUCUUUGUUGGUUUUUGAUGAUGUUCUGUACAGGAAUAGCAAUAGCCUCAUGUCGCUGAGGAAUCUGAUGGAGGACAAACGGCUAAACCUUAACCAACCUCUUCUGUCUGUAAGACGAAACUCAUCGAUAGUAGGUAAAGAUGACAUGACACGAUCUCAGAAUGACUUGUUUGGGAGGAAACGGAGUGUUCCUCAACCUCCUUGUUAUAAAUCGGAACUGAAAUCUGGCCCGGUGAGCAACCCGGGAGUUGUGCCAUUCUUCUGGGAGCAGAUUCCAGGAAAACCAAAGGAUGAAGUAAAACCAGAAGCUGAUCAUACCAGAGAAAGGCCUGUGCCAAAGCUUCCCCCUGGGAGAACCUCAGUAGCCAAUCAACGGAGCUCUGAUAAUGGCCCGGGAAGUUUCAACAGCUCGAAAGCUGUGGUGGAGGAUAAUGAUGAUAAUUAUGAAUCUGCAGAUGAAGAGGACGUGUUUUUGGAUGCCCUUGAUACGCUCUCUAGAACCCAAUCAUCGGUCUUCUUGAAUUGCAGCGUAAGUGGGUUGGAUGAACCGGAGGGAAGACCAUCAACAGAUCCACAAACUCGGGAGUUCAUGAUUAACCGGUUUCUACCAGCAGCAAAGGCAAUGGCUUCAGAGACGGUUUCAGAAAUACCUCAAUAUGCUCCCAAGAAGAUGCAAGCUUUUCAAGAGCAACCAAGACAGCUGAACAAGGUAGUAAAGCCAGACAGGCAGCCUCAAAAGCUGUAUGCACACAGUUCUGCAAGGCAUUAUUACCAACCUCGUGAUUAUGAAGAAGAAAGUGAUGAUGAUGAUUAUAGUCAUGAAGAUAUACCUGUAAAAGCAUGCGGAUUAUUACCAAGUUUUUGUUUCAGAGGCUCGUUUGGCUUUCUGAAUCCAGUACCCGGGAUGAGUGUAAGGACUCGCGUACCUAAGCCUCCUGGAAGUAGAAUGCAGGCUAGAUCUUCAUAUGCUGGUUUAUGCAGUGGAGUUGAGACUGAUGAGUCUGAAAAGAAGCUUACUUUUAAGAGUAAUAAUAAUCAGAGACCUGAAGAAUCAUCCCUUUACAAGCUGCAGAAUAGCGAUGUUUCAGACAACCAUAACAAACCACCUGAAACCAAUGUGAGUAUUGAUGCCUUGGGGCUACCCAAAAAAGCCUGCAAAAGCUUUCAGGAGUUAAUAGCUGCCGAGGAUAGCUUAGUUCAGCAAGAUUCAGACAAUUGCGUGGCAGAGAAAACUGUGUAUGUAGAUACUGUACAUAAGUUAGAGUCUCCAGUUCCCAAAUCUUCUUCUCCUGAGGCUAAGGGAACAAUUGAGAUUCUUGUAACAACAGUAAAGAAACACAUGGUAGAUCAUUUCCAAGAUGAUGCUGAAAAGCUAACCUCUGUGGAUGAAGAAGCUAAAACCAUGCCUAUUGUUCAAGAAACUUCAAACUUCAAUUCCCUAUCUGCAGCCGAUGAAUUGAAUUCCAAACCAGGAGGGAAGCCAGGGAAUGAUGAUGGACAAGAACAAUAUUACGAGGAAACAAUCACCUCAGUUAAGGCUGCAAAUAACGAUGUUGAUGAAGGUUUGCUUAAGCAAGACAGAACUGCAAAGCCAGAAAAUCCACAUGAAGAGGGAGAGUUCAAAGAAUUUCCAGUACCCCCGCCAUUGCCAAAGUCCCCAUCAGAUUCAUGGCUUUUUCGCACUUUACCUUCAUUAUCCACAAAGAAUUCCGCUUUCCACCCCAAACAAGGAACUGGAAACCCCAGAAACCAGGCUCCUAAGUGGGAAACAAUUGUUAAAACAACAAAGUGGCAAGGCCAACACUUGCGGAAUUCUCAGGAGCUAAUGCCAUUCAGACCUAUACCAGAAGCUCUGUAGAAGUCCUCUGAACUCGUCUUUCUCUUCCCUGUGCUUUAAUGGAUUCAUCCAACAGUGAUCAUGAAUAUACAAUCCUCAGUCUCUGUUAAUACUAGUUACAGAGCUGACAGCCAGACACUGUAAAUAUUUAUUACCAUUCCUUGCCCUGUAAUAAUAUAGCAGAGUACAAAUACUUUUUUUUUGGUAAAGAUUAUUUAGUCUGUUAUACUA